AUGGAAGAGUUUGAGAUAUUAGAUUUCCAUGAAUUAUAGGUGGAAAAACAAGGAUUGGACCAAGCAUCUAAAUAUUUAUAAAAGAAGAUACAAAAUGGAUUUAAAGUCAGUAUUGUAAUAAAAAAGUAACAUAACUUUGCAUUGCCUCCUUUGUAAUAAAAGAAAAAUGAUUUAUUCUCGAAACAUCAUUAACCAGUGGACCUAGUAAGCCAAAGUUCGGAGGUAACAGAAAACAAUGAUAAACACGGUUCUUCAACAUCUUCUAAUUAAAGCAUAAAAAUAGCUAAAAAUUAAAUUAUCUCUCCUACUCAGAACGAAACACCUGAGCAACAUCCGAACGAAUAAAUUAGUCAACAAUCUGAGGAUGAACCGGUUUCAUUUGACAAAUCUAAAACUAACAGUUUCGAAUAGUUGCUUAAGGAUGAUUUACUUAAUUAAAAAUUAAGAACAGGUUUACAAUUUCUUAGAGAUGGUAAAUUUAAACUAGCAUUAGAAAGAAUGAUGGAGGUUUAUAAGGAGGGAAAUGAAAAAUUAAAACAAUAAGCCGAAAAAUUAUAAAUUUCAGUAAUUAUAUUAUUAUGUGUUCAAUCACUCUGUUAUGCAUCUCAGAUUCUCAAAGAACUAGGACAAAUCAAUGAAGCAUUAAAAUGUUUGGAUAAAUGUUUAAAUUAAUUUGAAAUUAAUGACUUUGAUGUACUCAGCAAAAUAUAUAUAGAAAAGGCAAAUCUAUAUUUACUCAAUAACCAAUAUCUAUAAUCCCUUGAUUACUAUAAAAAAGCAUUGAACUACUAUGAAUAAGUGAAUUGGAAGUUAGACAUUGCCAAGAUAUUAGUCAAGAUAUCUUUUGUCUAUGCUUUGCUUCAUGAUAGUGUGGAUGCCAAAAAGAUUUGCUAUGAAGGACUCUCAAUCUUACAAAACAAAUUAGACCAUUAAGAUCCCAGGAUAUUUGAUACUUAUUACACUUUGGGUUGCAUAUAUUAUCUAGAAAAAGAGUACGACUUUGCUCUUGAGUACUUGGAAUAAUCGAAGGAUGGAUUCAUCAAAUUAUAUGGACAAAAACAUGAAUAAUUAUGUAAAAUUAUGAAUCUGCAAGGAGUCAUCUAUCAUCUAUAAGGCAGCAGCGUUAAUGCUAUAGAAAUCUAUGAAUAACUUGUCACAUAUUAUGGUGACACCGAAUCUAUAGGUUUAGCAUUGAUUAUGAAUAACUUAGCUUUGGCUUACUUAGAUAGAAUGAAGUUUAAAAGUGCUAAUUUGUUAUUUGCAAAAGCAAUUACUAUUUUAAAAUCAUAUUUCAAUGAAAAUCAUCCAGCAGUAUAAAGAAUAGAAAAAAAUAAGAUGCUUGUAGCAUCCGCUACUCUAUCUUAUAUGUGA